AUGGCGGAUAAACCAGGGCCAGCCGUAUUGAGAGAAAGCUUGUUUUCUCAACAGUAUGACAGUGACGCAGAUGGGCUGGAUCUCUCUGAUGAUGAUGACGUCCAGGAUCCAACAUACAGACCACAGCUCAUUUCUGAUGAUGAUGACGAUCAACUCUCUGAUCAAGACGAAACUAUUAUAUUGCAUAUUGAAGAUGUAGACGUGAUUGAUAAACAAGAAUCGCAAGGACCAAAGAGAAAAAAACGGAAAUCUAAUUACAUCUGGAAUGCUGUAGCAAGAAACCAACUCUCAAAAGAUAGUCCUACAUUUUUGGAGGCUACUAUCGAUGAAGAUGAUGAAAUUCUCUCACCAGUAAAUUACUUCAGAAAAUUUUUCUCAUGUGAAUUUUUAGAUGAAAUCGUACACCAAUGUAAUAUUUAUGCUGUACAGAAGAACCCUAACAAGCCUUUCAAUCUGACCAAAGAUGAAUUGGAACAAUGGAUGGGUAUUUCCAUGAAGAUGUCUUUGACCAGAAUUAGUGACACCCGUCAACACUGGUCAUCAGAGUGUCUCACUGAAUCGAUUGGGGCAAUUAUGAGCAGACAAAGGUGGGAGGACAUCAAAAGUAAUUUUCAUUUGGUAGAUAAUGAAACUGUUGAUAAAAAUGACAAGAUUGCUAAAGUAAGAAUGAUGGUGGAUCACCUUCGCGCAGAAUUCAAACAAAUCCCUAUGACUGAGCACUUAUCCAUUGAUGAGCAGAUGGUUCCUUUCAAAGGGGCUUCAAGUUUGAAGCAAUAUAUCCCAAAAAAGCCUAUCAAGUGGGGAUACAAGCUAUUUGUGCUAGCGGAUCAUAAGGGAAUGAUAUAUGAUUUUUUCCCAUAUGAAGGUAAAAUACAUCCAGUCAGCAGAGAAGGAGUUCCAGAUCUUGGUGCUAGUGCUAACUCAGAUGAUAAGAAACUGGCUAAUGAAGGACGGGGAUCUUUCGAUGAACAUGAAACAGACAGUGGAGGUACAACUGUGACAGCCCUCAAGUGGUAUGAUAACCGUGCGGUCUGCUUAGCUUCCUCUUUUGCUACAUCUGUUCCUAUUGAACAAGCAAGAAAGUAUGAUAAAAAAUCAAAAGAUUAUGUUGAUGUCCCCAUUCCUCAUAUUGUCAGAAUGUAUAAUGAGCACAUGGGAGGAGUGGACCUACAUGAUCAACUGCUGUCGUAUUACAGGAUGUCUUUUCGUUCAAAAAGAUACUACAUGCGACUUGUCUUUCAUAUGAUAGAUAUAACUGUCAUAAACUGUUGGUUGCUGUAUCGAAGGGCUGCUGAUAAAGCGGAUAUACCAAUGAGAAAACAGAAUUCCCUAUCACACUUCAAAUUGAGACUCUCGAAAUCACUCAUGAUUGCAGGUAAGCAAAUGAAUCCUGCAAAGCGAGGCCGUCCCUCAUCUGUAGUGAAAGCUUUCAAGGAUAGGAAAAUGAAAGGAAAAGCAACAAAGCCCAUUCCUGAAGAAAACGUCAGACUUGAUGGUGUGGAUCAUCUCCCUGAUUAUGCUGAAGUUAGGGGAACGUGCAAAAUGCCUGGAUGCACGGCACGAGUUUUGGUAUUCUGUCAUAAAUGUAAUGUCCACUUGUGUUUUGAGCGGUCUCGUAAUUGUUUCAAGAAGUUUCAUACAGAAUAG